GGUGCCCUCCUCCCGCCUCCUCAACGCACUCCACACCAAUCAUUUCUUUCCAACAAAUCUCCAGCCUCUGCUGCUGCUAAUAAACUGAUCGAUCGCGUUGUUCUUGAUAAUCAUCAGUCGACCGAUCGCGAUCGGGAUGGCGAAGCCUAGCGUGGCGGCGGUGCCGGAGGUUGUUGGCGUGCCAGCAGCAGCGCAGGCGACGACGCUGUUCCCGUACCCGCCACCGCGUGGCGCCGGGAUCACAGCCGCCGUCGUGCGCCGCAAGUGCCUGCAGGUGGAGCUCGGCGCGGGGGCGGCCGGGCCGCUGCUGGGCGGCGCGUGCUGGGGCGUGGAGUCGAUGCGCGCGUCGUCCCCCACGCACGCCAAGGCCGCCGCCGCGCUCGCCGCCGGCGUCGACGAGGAGCGCCGCGCCGCCUGGACGGUGCGGCACCCGUCGGCGCUGGGCAAGUUCGAGCAGAUCGUGGCGGCGUCCGAGGGCAAGCGGAUCGUCAUGUUCCUCGACUACGACGGCACGCUGUCGCCCAUCGUGGACGACCCCGACGCCGCCUUCAUGAGCGAGACGAUGCGGAUGGCCGUGCGUAGCGUCGCCAAGCAUUUCCCGACGGCGAUCGUGAGCGGGCGGUGCCGGGACAAGGUGUUCGAGUUCGUGAAGCUGGCGGAGCUGUACUACGCCGGCAGCCACGGCAUGGACAUCAGAGGCCCAGCCAAGGCCUCUUCCCGGCACGCAAAGGCCAAGGCAAAAGGCGUUCUGUUCCAGCCGGCGAGCGAGUUCCUGCCCAUGAUCGAGGAGGUGCACGACCGCCUUGUCGAGACGACGCGCUGCAUCCCGGGGGCCAAGGUGGAGAACAACAAGUUCUGCGUCUCCGUCCACUUCAGAUGCGUCGACGAAAAGAUGUGGGGCGAGCUGUCAGAGUCGGUGAAGGGCGUGCUGCGGGAGUACCCGAAGCUGCGGCUGACACAGGGGCGGAUGGUGUUCGAGGUGCGUCCCACCAUCAAAUGGGACAAGGGCAAGGCCCUCGAGUUCCUGCUCGAGUCGCUCGGCUUCGCGGACUGCAGCAACGUCCUGCCCGUGUACAUCGGCGACGACCGCACCGACGAGGACGCCUUCAAGGUGCUGCGGCGCCGGGGCCAGGGCCACGGCGUCGGGAUCCUCGUGUCCAAGCACCCCAAGGAGACGUCCGCCUCCUACUCCCUCCAAGAGCCCGCCGAGGUGAUGGAGUUCUUGCUGCGGCUCGUCGAGUGGAAGCAACUCUCCAGGGCAAGGCUCAUCAGGCUGCAAUGAGAUUGAGAUGGACGACGCAACGGAUCAAGCUAACUGUCAGGUGCUAAUUAAGAGAUCCUGCUACGUGAAAUCGUGAAUGGCAGAGAAUCUGGCACUGUAUUGUGUCUUCUCUACUGUCCCGUAGUCAUCUGUUUUCCUCUCCCUUCUCUGUACGUGUUCCCUGGGAACCUCUCUGGCCUCUGCUAGGCGUGUGUGUAAGUGUUUAACAAGCAUGCAUGUACAUUAGUAUUACCUAAUAGUAGUUAACUUAUAUGCUACAUAUAUAUAUAUAUAUAUGUAGUACAGUAUAUACAAGAGGGAAGAAUAUAUGAAGCAACGAAGACCGAAAAAAUUAUGUCUCGUUCAAGGUUUUAAAUAGCGGGCUAAGGUGUUUAGCGGUUUAUAUCUAAAACAGCUAAUAGCGGAGCUAAAUCGGACUAUAGCGGGAUAUAGCGGCUAAAUUGUACAUGAACACAAAUAGCGGUACCCUGCCUCAAAAGGCUAUAGCGGGCUAUAGCGGCAGCAAUAACGGGAUAUUUAAAACUAUGGUCUCGUUCCAAUUCA